GUCAGUGUCAACAGUUUUAAUAUUUGUGCUAGUACUCGAGAAAUAUAUUUCUGCUAUUAAUCCACUUUAAUCGUGUGAAUCUUGAUAUAAACGAAGUGAAUUAACCCAACAAUAAUGGUUAUUAAAGCGGGUGGUGAUUCCGGUAAAGUUAAUUCGGCUGUUUACAAGGAUAAAAGCAAGCCGACAGACAUUCGGCUGAGCAACAUAAAUGCCGCAAAAGCCGUAUCAGAUGCUAUCCGCACCAGUCUCGGGCCCCGCGGGAUGGAUAAAAUGAUCCAAGCCGCAAAUGGUGAAGUGACAAUAACCAAUGAUGGAGCGACUAUUUUGAAACAGAUGAGCGUGAUUCACCCAGCUGCUAAAAUGUUGGUAGAGCUGUCCCGCGCCCAAGACAUUGAGGCGGGUGACGGCACUACCUCAGUGGUGGUAAUCGCGGGAGCCCUGCUGGACUCGGCUGAGAAGCUCUUGCAGAAGGGCAUCCAUCCUACGGUCAUUUCAGAUGGGUUCCAGAAAGCUCUACAAAUGGCCCUCCAGGUGAUUGAAGGCAUGGCGACUCCCGUGGACCUCCAGAAUGAGGAAGCCCUGCUGCAGGCCGCUGCCACAUCCCUCAACUCUAAAGUAGUUUCUCAGCACUCGACCAUUCUGGCUCCUAUUUCUGUCCAGGCUAUUCGCGCUGUGAUGGAGCCGAUAGUGGGCGGCGUGGGCGCGCGCGUGGACCUGCGCGACGUGAAGGUGCUGGAGCGGCUCGGCGGCACCGUGGAGGACACGGAGCUCGUGCAGGGCCUCGUCAUCCCGCACCGCGCCGCCAACGUCAACGGACCCCACAGGCUCGAGAAGGCCAAAGUCGGCCUGAUACAGUUCUGCAUAUCGCCGCCCAAGACUGAUAUGGACCACAACGUAAUCGUGUCGGACUACGCCGCGAUGGACCGCGUGCUCAAAGAGGAGCGCCAGUACAUCCUGAACAUCGUGAAGCAGAUCAAGAAAGCGGGCUGCAACGUGCUGCUCGUGCAGAAGUCCAUCCUCAGAGACGCUCUGAGUGACCUAGCGGUGCACUUCCUCGACAAGAUCAAGUGCAUGGUCAUCAAGGACAUUGAGCGAGAAGACAUCGAGUUCGUGUGCAAGACGCUCGGCUGCCGGCCCAUCGCUUCGCUCGACCACUUCACCGCUGAAAACCUGGUCAAUGUGGAUCUGGUCGAGGAGGUCAAUGAGCCCUCCGGCAGGUAUAUCAAGAUGACGGGGUGCUCGGGCGGCGGGCGCACGGUGUCGGUGCUGGUGCGCGGGUCGUCGGGCGCCGUGGUGGCGGAGGCGGCGCGCUCGCUGCACGACGCGCUGUGCGCCGUGCGCUGCGUGGCGCGCCGCCCCGCGCUGCUGCCGGGCGGCGGCGCGCCCGAGGCGGCGGCGGCGGCCGCGCUCGCCCGGGCCGCCAUCGCCGCGCCCGGCGCCGACCACUACUGCCUGCGCGCCUACUCGGACGCUCUAGAAGUUGUACCUUCUACGCUCGCCGAGAAUGCGGGUCUAAACCCGAUCGAGACGGUCACUGAACUACGCGCCGCUCACGCCGCCGGCGGCGCGGGCGCGGCGGGCGCCGGCGUGAACGUGCGGCGCGGCCGCGUGACCGACAUGCGCCAGGAGCACGUGCUGCAGCCGCUGCACGUCACCGCCUCCGCGCUCGCGCUCGCCACCGAGACCGUGCGCGCCAUACUCAAGAUCGACGACAUCGUAAAUACUAUGAACUGAAGUGCCUACGCUAUUCACAAAGUAUUAGUUUUAAUCUCCUUAGUUUCGAUAGAUGCUUGUUUUAAUUUUCGUCACAGGAUGGCAUUUAUGUAUGUUCACAUUAAGUGUUUAUAUUAUUACUAAUUCAGAAUUAAUGAAUUCUCUGUACUGCUUGGAACAAAAAUUUUAAAUGUAACCAGCAAUUGAAACUUGAAAUAAAGUUCCUAAAUAUUAGUCACAAGUACUUAUGUUCGAGAUAGUUUUCAGACAUUGUACCUAAUGUUCUCGCAUUGAGAUAACUUUAAGGGAACUAUCU